UCAACGUGAUUGGAGUAAAUGUAACAAUGCAAUUACAAAGUAAGUGAGAAACACUGUGAAUUAAAAGUUUCUUCACAGAACAUUAGAAAAUAAGACUCUUUGUACCUGUAAUGCUUUAUUUCACCAGUGACUCAAAGCAGAUAGUCAAAAACACAUGUACAUAAUAAGAAAAAAAUCAUUCGACGCACUGAACCUGAGAUUUGUAGAACAGUAGCAACAGAACAUCUCUGCGAUAUGUCGCAGCCGACUGUCAACCAGAGUAUUUAACCAUAAGCGCAGCAAUUGUAUGAAUAGGAAGCUUGUUUUGUAAAGACCGGUGUCUGUGCGCAGCACAAAAUUUGUACAUAGUUUACGAGGCAUACAUUAUUGUUUCCUGUUUUUGUUGUCAUAUGAAUCUCCGAUCCUAACAGAAGGUAGACGACUUGGAUGAUGUGGACCGCCCACACUUUGACAGAAGUGGAUGCUUGAACACAGCAACAUAUACCGCAUAUUUAUAUCAAGAAUACUCACUGUUUGAACGAUGGUUACGCUGGGACUAUCCAAGUUUUUGAUUUUAAUGUUGGUGGUUAGUAGUUUGGCACAAGAUUAUUACGAACUUCUAGGUGUAACAAAAAGCGCAAAUGACAAAGAAAUAAGAAAAGCCUUUAAAAAACUAGCUGUAAAAAUGCACCCCGAUAAAAACAAGGACGAUCCAGAUGCUCAUGCGAAUUUUGUGAAGCUCACGAAAGCAUAUGAAGUUCUAAAAGACCAGGAGUCCCGAAAGAAAUACGAUCUAUUUGGAGAAGAUGGUGUAAAAACAACCGGACAGCAAACAUAUCAUUCCUGGAGUUAUUACCGGGAUAAUUUUGGCAUAUAUGACGACGACCCCCAGAUUAUAACACUGAACAGUGCCGAUUUCGAGGAAAGUGUCCUUGGGUCAGAUGCUCUCUGGUUCAUAAACUUCUACUCUCCGAUGUGCUCCCAUUGUCAUACUUUGGCUCCUGUGUGGCGUCGGCUGGCACAAGAACUUGAGGGUGUUGUUCGGUUUGGUGCUGUCAACUGUGAAGAGGAAUGGGUUCUUUGUCGUCAAGAACAGAUUCAUUCAUAUCCUUCACUGUUCCUGUACCCAAUGAGAGAAAGAUAUGUUGGUGAUCGUGAGAUGCCACAACUAAAAGAGUUCAUACUGAAGAGACUGCAAGUCGAAAUUAUUAAGAUUGAUGGUGAUACUUGGAAGAUUUUGUCAAAUCCAGAUGACCAGUACCAGGGCAUUCCGUGGGUUCUCUUCUUGCUUGAUGGAACAUCAGACAUUGAACAAGAGGAAGUAAGGCUCAUAGUAGCUGCCAUGUUGGAAGGCUUGGCGCUUGUUGGAGAGGUGAACUGUGUGGUGAGUCAUGCAUUGUGCCAGGAAGUUUCUGGUGGGCGAACACAUCCUAUUGGCUUAAUUAUCUUUUGGAAGAACAAGGACUCAUUGUACCCGCUUGACACAGUGACUUCAGCAAAAGAUAUUACUGAACAGGUGCUUUCAUUUCUCCCACAUGCCACAGAAUUUGAUGCUGAGACAUUUGAGGAUAUGCGUACACAACUCCGUUUAGAUCCAGAGGCACCAUUCUGGCUGGUACACUUUUAUGCAGGGGUCGAAGAUGUAAAGCAGUCACUAGACUUGAAAAGAUUGCCCGCGCUUGUGGGGGACAUAAAACUUGGCAGGUUCCACUGUGGAAGGGCUGUAGAUGCUUGUCGUGCACUACCAGUGUCUAGAUAUCCACUGUUUGCACUGUUCAAGCCUGGCGGUGGUCAUGAAGUUCAUCAUGGUCGUGAGACAGCAUACGAUAUAGCAACAUUUGCCAGACACAGUCGUGCAGCUCCCUACAUGCGAUCGAUAACACCCGAAGAGUUCCUUCAGCAGACUCAAGAAGGUGGUUCCUUUUUUGUCGACUUCUUUGCACCAUGGUGUCCACCUUGCUUACGCUUGCUGCCAGAGCUCCGAAAGGCUAGUGGUACAUUGGGUGGCAGUGUAACUUUUGCAACUCUGGAUUGCUCUCAGCACGCAGCCUUUUGCCGUCAACAGUCCGUACGCUCCUAUCCGACUACAGUGUUGUACAACCAUACUGGCACGCAUCCACAUUUCUUCCAUGGGAGGACAGCAAGUGAUCUGGUUGACUUCAUAAGAGAUGUGCUGCAUCCAGUAGUUGUGGAACUGACAGAGAAGAACUUUGAGUCUACAGUUGCCAGUAAACCAGUCGACCAUAUGUGGCUUGUUGACUAUUUUGCUCCAUGGUGUGGUCCUUGCCAGCAACUUUCUCCCCAAUGGAGAAAGCUCGCCAAGCUUUUGUCUGACCAACGAAACAUUCACAUUGGAGAAGUCAACUGUGAGCGUGAGCCAUCAUUGUGUGUGCAACAGGGUGUCAGAACUUAUCCAACAAUUAGAUUAUACCCUUUUGGUAGUGUUGGACUUGCCACAUUUGCGAUGUAUUCAGGAUAUCAUCGUGAUGCACGUUCCUUGCGACAGUGGGUAUACAACUUUUUGCCAUCUUCUGUGGAAUCACUAACCCCCGGCUUGUUUGAGGCCAGAGUUCUCAGAGACACAGGUGAAAUGUGGCUUGUCGAUUUCUAUGCUCCGUGGUGUGGCCAUUGUGUCAGCUUUUCGCCAGAAUUCCAGUUAGUUGCACAGAAACUCGAAGGGCGUGUGCGGUGUGCAAAAGUCGAUUGCGAAAAAUAUCGCAGCCUUUGUGUGCAGCAGCAAGUGAAUGCAUAUCCUACAGUGAUAUUCUACCCGGGCAGACGUGAAAUUUCCAGCCAGUCAGCAGAGCAGAUAAUUCGUCGUGUUGAGGAGUUCAUUGCAGACUUGCAAAGAGAUGAUAAAUAUAAUAGACAUGAUGAAUUUUAAACUUAGCAAAAAGUAACAAUUAGCAAAAUACACAAAAAGAAAGGCCCAAAAGUAAGACGGAUGCAUUGUAUUCAGCAACUGUUCCAACCAUCUUGGCUUGAUGUUACCAUAUAAGCUUUCCAGUAUUGUGGCACAACACAGUAAUGAAGACACAAACGCUGUUUACUACAGUGUUCAAGUAUACUAUGUAUCAUACUUUUGUAUGAACAUGUUAUGUCAGCAGCUUGCUAUAGGCAGAAAAAGAAUCUAAUGUGAUUUUAUUAUUAUUAUUAUUAUUAUUAUUAUUAUUAUUAGAUCUUUGAUACUGAGAUCUGCAGUCUGUGAUACAAUUACUCAUAUUGCAACAAACUAUUUUGUACAUUAGUGUUACUGUGGUAAUUAACAGAGUAAGUGGUUUCAAUGCGUUGUACUUCACACUGUACGUCACAUACUAGUUUUCACGCGUAAUAAUAAGCUUUUGCAAGAACCACAAAGUUGCUGUAAAUAGAUUCCCUGAAAUGCAAACGUGAUAUUCUGUGUUGAUUACAGUUCCUUAAGAGUGGUUCUUGUCUUUUCUGUACCAAUUUUUGUGAAAAUUUUUAUAAGUAUCACACGUUUUAUCUUAAUGUUAUUUAUACUUGUUUGCUGUAUUUCCAUUAUUUCACCAGACAGAGGGCACAGAUUUCAGCAGUGUAGUUUCCAAAAAAUAGGGAUUUGGAGGGUGAUGUACUUUACUGCAUUUUCAUUCAGUACAGCACUCAAUGAUCUGCUGCUCAUUCUGUUAGCAGUUGUAAUAUUUUUUUUUAUCAAAUAUUCCAUUAUUUGUAAAGCAAACACAACCUGUGUAGUGAAAUUAGCAACUGUUUAGUGAAAUAAGCGAUUUUACCGGUACGUACAGAAUGUAUUUACCAUAUCGAUUUUUUUUUUGGAGUUAGUUUAUCAUUAUUUUACUGAUAUUGGAUUUAAAUGUAAUUUCACAGGUAUAACAGAAGUAUUAUUGUGUGUGAAUCUCAUUCCCUAUUUUUUGUGGUAUAACUCUGUUAACUUGUUGCUGUAUGAUUGGUGCCAUGGUUGAAAAAAUGGCAGUCACUAUUCUGUGUCGUUGAAAUAAUCAUUCUUUGUGAUUUGGGCUCUGGAAAUAUUUCAUAUUUCUCAUAGCUCUCACCUACAGGGCUUCCAAGCUUUUCUGGAUGAAAACUGAUAUUGCCAUUAAGAGUUUGAAUGUGAUAAAAAUACACAUUCUCACUACUAUGAACAAUAUCCAGCUGAAAUAAAGCUCUUCAUUGAGUUUAUCUGGCAUGUUCUUGAACUUUUUCUUCGUCUGUUUAAGAAAUUGAUAAAAUUAGGCAUGUCAAGUGAUGAUUCAUUACCACCAUUAGUUGAAUUUCCACUAAUGUUUAGGAUACACAAUUUUUCAUUUAAUCAUUCACACUUCAUGUUUCGUAAAGACCAUUAUGAAGGAGAGCAAUUGGGAGUACGUAAUACAUUAAGUUUUAUUGGUAUAUUCCCUCAUGUGUCUUAACAUUAUUUCCAAAUCAAACCUGUAGUGACAAAAAAUACGAAGUUAAACUUCUUUGAAAAAAAUAGUGAAUGUUUAUCUAUGGAAAUACAAGAAAAAAUCCUGUAACUUAAUACUUUCUCAUUUGUCGUCAAGAAAAAUAUUUAAAUUUAAUUUUGCUGACCAUUUAGCAAGUUAUGAGACUAAAUUGGCAAUAUGAAUUAAUCUUUUAAGAAUCCAAUAAUGAAUGUUGUUUUGAAAUGUCUGUAUAAUUUUAUUUGAAAUUACACUAUCAUACAUUAGAUAUUUCAAUGUUUGUUGUAUUUAAGUCAUUGAAUGAUUAUUGAGGCAAGGAAAUCUCAAAUUCUAAAAUAGCUCUCUCUCUCUAUCUAUUUCACAUAAGUUGUAAAGUGUUUCACAUUUUCAAGUCAAUCUGUAAUAACAAACUGAUUUGGAUUAUUGCUUUGUAUUUCAGUACACAAAAUAACCAUUACAGUUCAUUGCCAAACUGAGAUCUGCUGUGAGGAAUAUUAGAGGGACAUACAAUACUUCCAGUUGUUGUUUCCAUAUCAUUAUGUAUGAUACCACCUUUGCAGUAUUGUUCUCAUACACUUAAAAAAUUGGACUGUAAUGUCUGAAAAAUUAUUUUCGUAUAAUGAUGAUUUUUAUUGGUCUUUAAUGUUAUAAUUUAUUUUCUCAAGGAAAUUGAUCUAAUUCUGCUUAAUAUCAUGGGGCCUGCUCAUUCUUUCCCACCAUUUUUUCACUAAUAUUCGUGUAGUUGUUUGUGUAAUAGGGAUGUAAAGGGAUAUGGUUUCCUGUGAUGAGUUGGAAAUCUAUUCAAGACUGAUUAUGCUGCAAAUACAAUUGACUUUGUAUGUAUAGUAUUAUUUGAACAUGUGUUUAAAGUUUACAGUCACCGCUAAUUCUUGAAAGGUGGUGAUGGCUUCACUUCAGUGCUCUAGAGCCAUACAGUGCUAAGCACAAAAUAUUUAUGACCUGAUGGUAAGGACCAUACAGGGUGUACUUGAAGGUGCUCACCUUUUUCUUACAUGACACACAUGCUGUAUUAUUGGCUCUUGCAUAAAAUGAUAUAGCUGUGUUACUUUUCUGUGUUUACUGCGUAUCAUACUUUUAUGUCUGUUAAGUAUACCUAAUAUCUUUUUAACUUAUUUUUAUUUAUUUGCUCUACAUAACUGUAAAUUUUAAUGUUUAGAAGUUAGUAGCAGUUGGAAAUCAGAUUACACUUACAUUUAGCUUAGUUACUUUGGUUAAAUAAUAAAGUGAUAAUUAAUUAUUUGUGAAGUUGGCAGGAAAGGAGAUAAAGGGGUGGGGGUGGGAGGAGGUGGUCAUUGCUAAGCACUGUAAACUGGUUUUGGCUGUUGUGUUCUUGGUAAGUCACCAUUCACCUUACUGUUGUUUACAAAGACAAUUAUCACAGUGUAUUGGUAAAGUAUGAAAUUAGUGUUGCUAUUUCUCAAUGUAAAUCAGACUUGUUUGUGUAUUUGGCUGUCAUUAUUAUAGACCUAUUAGUUUGUUUAGUAGAAAGGUGGGAGGGGGGGGGGGGGCAUAACAGUGAAACAUCUUGAGAAUCGACAAAUGGUUAUAGCUAUACUAAUGUAAUAGUUCUGUGAAAGUUUUGUUGUAUGGAUGAUGGUAUGUUUGAUGGCUGUUUGACACCGGAACCCAUUCUCUCCAUUGAAGUUAAAAUGUGUAAUGUUUUUUAUGAGUUCAGUGUCUUAUUCUGAUGAACAGUUCACAGUAAAGCUUAAAAGGUAGUGUGUCCUCACCAUUUUCCUCUUUGUUGUUUAUUUUAAUGUUUUGAUUGAUGAAAAUUUAACAUCUGAGAAUCAUGUAUUUCCUCUUCACCAUCUGUUUAAAUAACGUAUCUAAUUGGUGAGCCAAGGUCAACUUUCUUAUUUCUUUAAGUGCACAAAUACAUUUCUGGUGACUGCCAUUUGCUACGUGUCCACAUCUAGUGAGGUUGUUGUAAUACACUAGCAACCAGUCUGCCUUGAAAAUGAUGAACAAAGUGAUAAAAUCUGUCUGAUUUCUUUGAGGUGUUUCGACUGUGUGCCAUUUAUCAUUCAGUCACAACACAUCAACGAAUGAGCCAAGUAUGGACAUGUACGCUAUUUAUGAAGGAAUCUGUACUUGUAACUGAUCAUUGCAUAGCCAGCCAACUUGUGGAUAUGGUUAAAAAGAUGCAGCAACACAAUACAGCAAUCUUAUUUAGAUCAUAACAUAAAUAAUUUCAGAGUUAAAGGAGAUAAUUCACUGAAUAGUAUAAGCAUUGAGUUAUUGACAGGCAUACAAAAAAUAACAAAAACUUUUUCUUUUGUAUGUGCCUGUUAACAACUCAACACUUUCUUCUAUUAUUAGGUGAGUUGUCUCCUUUACAUCUAAAUUAUUUACAUUCCACCAGUACUUCCUUUAUCAUAUUUAGGUCACAACAAUAAUGUGAGGUAGUGAUAAUGUUGAAAAGUACAGUUGUAAAGAAAUGUUCAUGGAAUUAAAUACUUAAAAGCUAUAAUGAGAUAUGCUAAUUUAUGAUUAAUUCAUGUUUUGUAAGUGCUGUGUACUUUCUGUGUGGUGAACAAAUUUUUAUGUAUUAGGGUAAUGUUCCUUUGCUAUUUUCCUCUUUGGGAGAGGAAAUGGGUAGAGAUUAUGAAUCUCAUCAUUAAUGGAAGCUGGAACUUUUCAUUCCGAUGCACUUAUGUGGAUCGAAGGAUUGUAUGUUUAAUGUGCAUAAAGAUAUAUUGACACAUUCAAAGUUAUGAAUAUUUGUUACAUUUUCCAUAUUGUAAAUGUUCCAGUUGUCUGUUCAGUGCAGUAAUAAUUUUCUUAUAUGGUCCCAAAUAUAUAGAGCUGUAAAAGGAAAUAUGUAUAUAUUUUAAAAAUGGAAGUAAUAAAUGAUUUUAAGUAUAAA